UCCUAUUCAUUUUAAGCUUUACUCUGGUGACUUAUCAAUAUCAUCAUGUAACAACCUUCACUUCUUACUUAUUAAAUGUUUGCUUAUAUUUUCUUUGAAAUAGGAUGGGAAGGGAUAUUGCAUAUGAUUGCUGGUCUUGUGACUUGCUAUGUGCUGCAUCAUCGCCAGAUUUGUACAGAAUAAAUUUAGAGCAAGGACGCUUCCUUACCUCUUUAAGCACACAGUCCCCAGCACUAAAUGUUGUUUCUCGAAGUAAGAUCCAUGGGCUAAUUGCUUGUGGAGGUGAUGAUGGUGCUGUAGAAUGCUUUGACUUGAGAGCAAGAUCUUCAGUUGGCAGGAUAAAUGCUGCUGCAGCUGCUGGUGAUCUUGACCAGGAGGUCACUGCAAUAGAGUUUGAUGGGGAUGGAGGUUACCUCAUGGCAGCUGGAAGUAGUGAUGGAAAGGUUUUGAUUUAUGACCUGCGUUCUUCACAUCCAAUGUGUGUAAAGGAUCACAUGUAUGGGAGCCCAAUACUUAAUAUUAAGUGGCACAAGACACUUAACACCGAGCAACCAAAGUUAAUAACUGCUAACAACCACAUUGUUAGGGUCUGGGACCCCAAUACAAAGCUGCAAAGGCAGAGGAAUUUCCUUUAACUUCUUUGCUUUAUG